CUCAACGGAUGCACAUUUUCAUUUCUAUUUUUUAUGUGAAUGCUUUUCAAAUAUCUUUUGUGGUCUGUCUUAGACGAAAGAUGCCACGAGGCAAACAGAUUGAUUCUGAUCUUGUGAGAAGUGUGUUCCGGAUGUACGCGCAGUUUCGAAGUUGCGCGCAGGUGGCUGAGCUGUGUGGAAACUGGAAAAUCGGGGAUUGCUCACGGUAAAUCAAUGCCCUGGAAUCCUGCAAAGUCUCGUCAUCGGACUGCUGAUGCGAAGGACAGAGAGGAAACUUGUUGUGGCUGUUUUCCAAUCUUCGCUUCUUUCCGCCUUCAAAACAGCGCGGGAGACGAGAAACCAAGGGAAAACAUGGACAAGCAUCCCGAUGUGGCUGUAAAGAUUUUCCAAGCCGUGGCGCAAGCGCAACCGCCCAGCGCCAGCAGCAACCUGAUCGUCUGCCCCUACUCCAUUCAGCACGUGUUAUUCGCCCUGCUGCUCGGCGCCCGCGAUCAACUGCGCCAGGAUCUUCUAGCCCUGCUGUGUCCCGACGGGCGCAGCAUUGAAGACGUCAGCGCGGCGUUAUCCUGCGUCGCGGGUGACGCGGCGUUCAGCCAAGUCAACGCGGUCUUGUACAGCCAGCGCCUCACGCUGAAACAGUCGUUCAAAGACGCGAUGCUCAACAAAUCCGAUGUGGUGUUUUUACCCGUGGAUUUUGAGAACGCAACCGCCGCCCGGGCGGCGUAUGCGGAGUUUCUGAAUAAAUACGCCAGUAGCGAAAUGGCCGACCGCCUGCCGGUGGACAGUAUGAGCAGCGUUCUUGAUAAUUGGCAAACCAGUCUGGUUAUAAUCAAUCUGCUGACGUUCUCCGCGCCGUGGGCGCUGCAGUUUGAAGAGAAGGACACCCGCGACGGCGUGUUUACCUGCCUGGACGGCAGUCAGAAGACAGUCCCGUUUUUGAUAUCCGGGAAUACGACGUGGACGUCGUUUAACGUGAUGAAGAAGACCGCGGCGACGGAUCCGCAGAUGGUGAUUAUGGAGGCCGGUGAAAAGCGGUACAGCGUCAUGUGUAUUCUACCGGCGGCCGCGGGCGGGAAGGCACUGCGGCAGCUGGAGGAGAGUCUUAGUGUGGAGAUGCUGCGCGGGUGGCGGCGGCAGAGUAUACGCUAUGGCAUGGCGCUGUCCUUGCCGAAAUUCCGGAUUACGUGCGAGGUGGAACUGCGACGCGGUAUGGAGGCGUUGGGGCUGGGUGAACUGAACAACACCGCCACCGGGUUUUCGGACAUGUUCGAGGAGUGCCCGCUGCAGGGCGUCACCGAGUUCCGCCACAAUAUCGUGUUCGAGGUGGACGAGCUGGGCGUGCGGUCGAGCGUGGCCACCAUGUUUUCGGCCGAGUUCCUGUGCGUGCCGAGCCCGGCGUUCGAGGCCAACCGGCCCUUCCUGCUGCUGGUCUGGCACAACCAGCUCGACGUGCCGCUCUUCAUCGGCCGCAUCGCCGAUCCCGCGCUGACCACCUGAAGAAAUGCCGGCUGUCGGAGCGUGACGUUUGUGUUCAUACAGAUAUAUGUGCAAUGAUCGUCUGUGUAUGAGUUCUAUUUGUUGAAAUGUUGUUAGAUUGUUGUAAAGUGGUGUUCUGACUGUUUUCUUAGGCGCGAUUAUUCAUCCGACUCAUGAAUUUGUAUUGCGGUCUUGAUAGACGCUUUUUUACGCUUUUACAAGUAAAGUCAGUACGAUACUUAUAUAAAUACGUUAUACGAGGUACACGUAUCUGUAUAAUGUAUUUACGAAAGACGGACGAUGAAUUCAAUGGCAUUAA